CCCAGAUUGUGGGGCCGCGGGAGGACGCCCUGGACACCCAGGACCUGGGCGGAGAUGGACUCAGUGGUGUUUGAGGACGUGGCUGUGAACUUCACCGCAGAGGAGUGGGCUUUGCUGGACCCGGCUCAGAGGAAGCUCUACAGAGACGUGAUGCUGGAGACCUUCAGGAACCUGGCCUCCGUGGGUUCUUGCCCUCACGUUAAAACCAAUGGAUCAAGUCCUCAAUGGGAUAUUUUGGAGAAUGAAUUAUGCCAUGAAAAGAAAAUAGUAAGAUGCACAAGAAAUGAUUCCUGUUCUGUUUUUGGAGAAAACUGGAUAUUUCAUAACAUCCGAGGUCACCAAACUCAGGAGAGGGAUUUCAGAAAUGGUUUGGUGGAGAAUCUCUGCAAAGGUAAUGAAGGUCAUCAAUGUGGAGAAACCCUGAACCAGAUUACACAUGUUACUGUGCAUAAGGGUUAUCUGACUGGAAUUCAGCCCUAUAAAUGCACUAAGUGUGGAAAAGCCUUCAGGGAUCGUUCUUUCCAGAAGAAUCAGCAAAGAUCUCACCCUGGACGCAAACCUUAUCCAUGUGAAGAAUAUGGAGAAGGCUGCAGCUGUGUCUCGUGCCUAAAUCCUCCUGGGGAAACACACAUUGUAGAGAAACGUGAUAAACAUCAGGAUGCUGGGAGAGCAUCUAAGAGAUACGUGAAGAGUGGCAGUAGUCAACAGCCUUUAGAGUGUAAGAAGUCUGGAAAAGCUCUCGCUUGUCCCUUAUCCUUUAAGGCACGUGAGAGUGGUCACCAUGGACAGAAAAUCCAUGUGUGUAAAGUAUGUGGGAAAUCCUUUAUGUAUUAUUCCUACCUUGCACGGCACGUGAGAACUCACACUGGAGAGAAGCCCUAUGAAUGUAAGGAAUGUGAGAAAACCUUCCGAUAUCCUGCAUCCCUGGGAGAACAUGUGACGAUGCACACUGGGGAGCAACCUUAUGUGUGUAAGGAAUGUGGGAAAACCUUCAGUUGUCCCAAAUACUUCAGAAGACAUGUGAAAACACACAGUGGCAUGAAACCCUAUGAAUGUACGGAAUGCGGCAAAGCCUACAGUUGCUCCUCAUCCCUUCGAGAACACUCACGAACACACAGCGAAGAGAAACCCUAUGAAUGUCAGCACUGUGGGAAAGCCUUCAGGCAUCAGCGAUAUUUUAAAAAGCAUGUGAGAAUGCAUAGCGGAGUGAAACCCUAUGCAUGUAUGGAAUGCGGGAAAGCCUACAGUUGUUCCACAUCCCUCCGGGAACACGAGAGAACACACACUGGGGAGAGGCCCUUCGAAUGCCAGCACUGCAGGAAAGCCUUCACUCGCCACGCCUCCCUUCGAGGACACAUGAGAACGCACAGUGGGGAGAGAGCCUACAGAUGUACACAGUGUGGGAAAGCUUUCUGUUGGCCCUCAUCCUUACGAAAGCACGUAAGAAUGCACAGUGAGGAGAAGCCCUACGAAUGUCAGCAAUGUGGGAAAGCCUUCUGGUACCCCGCAAACCUGCGAGGACACAUGAGGAUACAUGCUGGGGAGAAACUGAAUCCAAGGACCAUGGGAGAGACUUCAUUCUCUCUUCAAACUUGUAAUGUGAGCAGCACACUAUAGAGGAAACUUAUGAAAGGGAAAAUGUGGGAAAGCCUUCAGCACUUCACUUACUUUGUACAUGAGAACUCAGAGCACAACAGAAAUCUUUUAACAGAGAUAAAUACGGUUUUGCCUUGGUAAGUGCCUCAUCCUGAAUAGGGAUCCCAGUGUAUUAAUUUCUAGCUCAUAUUGCUGAUCUGAAUACUUAAGAUAAUAACUAUCUCAAUAUGUCUACUUCAUCUGUACUACUUAUAUUUUUUAUCUCCAACUUUAAAUAAUCAUACAGUCAUAUAAAGCUUGCCUCAUUUCCA